CGUACACGCCAGCGCGUAUGUAAAUGAAACGUCAUGACGUAUUCGCCGUCCUCCCUUUCCUUGUUUUGUAAACGAACAGGCCAAGGAGGUAAAAGAAACUUAAACCAGUUUACAGCUGCUGUCUGAGAAAAAACUAAAGACAUGAAAGCCAAACGUGGCCUCAUCACAGAUACAUUCAAGGUAGUGAAUAAAGUGAAGAGAAGUGACAGAAGGGAUAAGAAACCUCCACCUCCCCCAGCUGCAGAGGCAGAACCUCCAACACUGAGUGAGAGAGAGAUCGAGCUGCAGGAGCUGAGGAGGUUUGACUUGGACUGGCAGUUCGGACCAUGUACAGGGAUUAGUCGCUUGCAGAGAUGGGAGAGGGCAGCUAUACAUGGCCUGAACCCCCCACAGGAGAUUAAAGACAUACUGCUGAAAGAGAGUACAGACCUAGAAUACACACACAGUCUCUGGCGUGACUACCCCCUGUGAAGAAACAUGGGUGAAGAAAAUAAGACAGCUAAAGAAAUGAUUAUCAUGGUUUUUGUGAUUGGUCAUGUUUGAAUGUUGCUGUUUGAAUGUUUGCUUUUAUUUGUGCUUGCUAUAUUUUACACUACAUUCUUUGUGUAUUUUUUAAAGUGGAAGUUUAUAUAUUAUAAGUUUAAUUAAAACCUUCUUUGUCUUAA